CUUUAAUUAGUAACACUUAAUUUUCAUUACCGUCAUUUUAUUAAGUGUGUGUUGCUACAACAAUGGCCUCAAGUCAGGGUUGGACUCCGAAGCAGAACAAGAGAUUUGAGAAUGCCCUUGCCAUCUUCGACAAGGACACCCCAGACAGGUGGCACACGGUGGCCAGGGCCGUCGGAGGAAAAACGGUGGAGGAAGUGAAAAGGCAUUAUGAGAAGCUCGUGGAAGAUGUGAAGGAGAUUGAGGAAGGUCACGUGCCCCUCCCCAAUUACCGAAGUGCUGCAAGAGGCCACGGUUACAUGGAUGAAGAAAACAGGAUGAAGGUUCUGAGUCUGCAGUGAAGUGUGAUUUAUCAAUAAUAUAUAUAAUAUAUGCUGGAUGCUUGGCUUAGAACUACUAUAAAAUAUUUUAUUUGCUUUUUCGUUUUUUCUUUCCAUAUAUAUAUAUAUUCAAAGCAUCGAUGCCUUGUAUUUCUGUUUCUAUAAAUGUAAAGAUGAAAUGAAAUUGUCCCAAAGACGAACCAGUUAAUAGUAAAACAUAGUCAUCGGAUAUUAAA